CGGAGAUUCUGCUGAACUCGAGCUGUACGGACACUCUGCUGUAAGGAGUCUGCUGCACUCGAGGAAGUUCAAGGAAGCGGCUUUGAUACUCACUUGCUCGGAAGUUUGGACUCGGCUUCUGGAUUCUGGGAACGAUGGGCGAGCGUUGGCAUCACAGCCGCUGUUCCGCUGCCUUGCUGCUGAUCGCCGUCGUGCUGGCCCUGGCGGCGGUGGCGUCGGAGAGCCACCAGAGGAGCGUCUCGCGCCCGCUGGAGGAACUGCACCUGAAGGAGAGGCCUUUGGCGACCCACUACCACCGAGUGGAUCCUCAUUCCUUCUCCUACAGGAGCGAGAGAUCCGUCGGUCCUGCCAUUCCCAGCGCCCAGGAGGAGCGACAACAGGCAACACCGCCCGGGGCGGAGAGGAAGGCGGCAGCGGCCAAACCCGUCGGCCCGCCCGUGGCUCCGUUAGCCAUCGCAACGCCCGCGGGGGCCAAGGCAGCGAACGAGAGCGUGGCCGUGGCUGCGGGGUCCGGGAGCGAGACUGACCGCAAGGGGAGGCUCAUGGAGAAGCUCAAGGCGUGGUACAAGGGGAAGGAGCCGGAGAAGGAAGACCCCACCGGCAUCGUCAUCAACAGCCACCUCUCGACCGGCGGCCACCUGGAUGGCCACGGCCACCACCACCACGUGCCCUUCUACCACCAGCCGCCCUUCGUGCAGCCCAUCAUCAUCGGAACCGGCGGCGGCAUCGGCCAGGGCGAUCAACCGAUCGUCAUUACAAAACCUGUCACACACUACGUCACGGUUGCUCACCCUGUCGCCGUCACCGUCACGGAAACAGUCAUGCAAGACUUCGCGACGUCGUCACAUAUUCUGGUGCACACGACCCUAUCGGCGUACAUGACCCCUUCCCACGUGUUCAUCCAGGAGCCCCACACGCUGGAGCCCGUGACCGUCACCAUGGGGUCGCACGAGGCGGACUGGGGCUGGGACAUCUUCGGGGAGGGCGAGGUCAGCGCGAGCAGCGGCGGGGAGCACGUGGUGUACCUGAUGAAGCCCGGCCACGGCUCCGGGGGCGCGGCCUCGUCCCAGAUCGUGAUCCAGGAGGUGCCGAGCGCGGGGUCGGGGGGCAAGCCGACCACGUCCGAGGUGAUGGUCGUCGAGUCCCCCGGCCACGUGCUCAACAAGGGCAUCCAGUCGAUCAAGGACACCUUCAGCGGCAUCUACAGCGUGGGGAAGGGAAUCAAGGACAAGUUCGACAGCCAGGUCUCGUCGCUCUUCGGCAAAGACGAAACCCAAGUGAUCAUGCUGCACCAGCCCCACACGGUCACGGUGCCGGCGUCCAAGCCCACGGUGACCCACACGGUGAUGCUGCAGAAGUCGAAGCCCCACGUGCACGGCUACGUCAAGGGGAUCUUCGCGGGCCAGGGGCACCUCCAGGUCGGCAGGAGCAUGACCGUGGCGAGACCUGCGACCUACACUGCAACCAUAACGACGGCCACAGUAAAAACGCCGGGCUGUACACACUGCAUGUAAGGACCAAGUGAAGAAGAAAAAG